UUUGACCAUUUACCAGCUCCAACUUGUCAACCCCACACAGGCAUCAUCAUCACAAUUGCCCAUAAUUCCAAAUCGAAAUCCAUUUGGACCCUCGCUUUCUCUGCAUAUAUUAAUUUGUCCCUCCCCACUCUAAAUUAAUUUCGUACUGUGACAAGCUUCUAAUCACAUUCAUGGCGGAAAAUUACAACGCCGAGUGUGUGGAGACGAAAAAGAUUGUGCCAAACCCCAGGGUUGAGAUAGAUUUCUCGCCGCCGUUCGAGUCGGUGAAAGAGGCCGUCGACCGCUUUGGCGGCGGCGGCGCUCCCUGGAUACCCAUUCACCUCCUCCGUUUAGCCGCUGCUCGGCACGAUAAUAACGAGCCAUUCGACAUGUCCAAAAUGGAGGAAGAAGCAAUGCUGUUAGAAAGGGACCUAAUCAUAAAAGAACAGCAAACCCAUAAUGUCCUAAAAGAACUCGACUCCGCGAAAAAAUUGCUCGACAGCUUAAAACUCGACCUCAUCAUUCCCGAAUUAUCUUCCUCCUCCGCCCCAACUCCCGACAACAACUCAACCGAACCGUAUUCGGCAGUCUCACCAACCCCCACAUUCAUCGAACUAAACCAAGCCAAACGAAACCUCAACCGCACAUCCACCGAUCUCGCCACAAUCCAAGCUUCCCUCGAGUCCCUCAACCACAAGCUUCGCGAAGACAAGAUCUUGCUCGGGAGGACCAAAAUGCAAAUACAAAACUCCGAAAAUAAUAAUAAUCGAGAUCUUCACGUGAAAUUAGGAGCCACGUACGAGCUCAAGGAGUUUGCGAGCUUCGAGGCGGAGGAGUUCAAGAGGAUGACGGAAGCUUCUAGAUACGAGGUCGUAAAAGCGAUGGCCGAGAUCGAACGCACCAAAGACAGCAUCAAGAUGGCCGAGAUGAGGCUCCACGCCGCCAAGAAAAUGGAGGAGGCCGCCAAGGCCGUCGAGGCCAUCGCCCUCGCCGAGAAAAAGAGCGCGUUUUCAAAUGUUUUCCUGCCCAAAAAGGAGGAGACCACGAAAAACGUUGUGAUGGAGCGUACGGUAAUUAGUAAUAACAAUUUAAUGAAGUUCAAGUUUCGGAACUCGGUGGGGGCCCACAGGAGCCCACCGGAGGCUGCGGUGGGGGUGCGGAGGAUGGUGGGCCCGCAGGACGAUGGUGUGGUGGGGAGGCGCGCGGAGGAUUAUUGUCCGGAGAGGGGACACGUGUCGUUGAGCCAGAUGCUGAGGGAACAGAGUCGGGGAAUCCUGCAUCAUCGUGACGAGCAGGCCAAGGAAGAUGAGAAUGUUUUGGAGAAAAGGCAGUAUUUUUUCCAGAUGAAGAAGAAGAAGUUUGGGUUCAUUCAGGUGCCGGUUUAUAACAGGAAUAACAAGAAGAAGAGGUGAGGAGGAUCUGAAUGUGAGGUCACUAUAGGCUUUGGUUUGGAGUGAAUUUGUUAUAGUGUAUAGUGCUUUGGUUUUGUUUUUAUUUGUUUGUUUGUAGUGUGAUUUGAGAUUGUUUCUUUUGAUUUCUUGCUUGUGUUGUUGUGUUAUAAUGUAAACUAAGUGCAGUGUUCCAAUGUCUUCUAGUUUUGUGGUCUUAGCUUCACUACUCGUGCAUUCAUUUUCAAGUUUUUUUAAUUUGUAACAAUUUUUUUUGAUAAAUAUGGGAUUUAUAUUUGGUGAAGAUUGUUCUUUGUAUGGUUCAUAGACAUCUAAUAGUUUCUGGUAAAUUAGACUUAGCACUUAGGAAAAGUUUUGCAAGUAUUCCAAGCUCAUGAUUCCUUCUUCAUGAUGUGUAUUACAGCUAGUAGUUUUUAAUGUAUUAGACUAAUCCUUAAAAUGUGUAAAACAACGUGAAUAUGAUCCUUCCUAAUACACGUCUUAAGUAAUCAUUAAAGUCUAUACUUGUGCAAGACAUUCAUGAAGUCAAUAAAUAAAAAUAUUAAAAAUCAGACGAGUAUCAAUAAAAGUAAAAUAGAAAGUAGAAUAUCUGAAUGCGUCUUAUAUAUUGCCAUUCUUCUUUGGACCCAAGCAUGACACUACAUGUUGACGCAAGUUAAUGUAAGAGUACCUACAAUGCAUUAAGUCUAAUUUUACAUAUAUGACAUAUAAAUAGACUUAAGUCCUAAAUAACAUAGACAAACUUAAGUAAAAAAAAUCAAAAGCUAUACAAUGCAAAAAAUAAAAUAUUAGGUCUAGCAUACAUGUCAACCAAAAAUGCUCUAAUAUAUGUUUAGGUUUCUACUUGGUUCCAAAAGAGACCCAAUGCACUGUGAGUGUUGUUCUGAUGGCCAUAUGAAAAGUCUUAUUCCAUAUCAAUGUUUCGUAUAUUAUUUAGUUAAGCCAUGGGACUUUUUAUCAGCAAUCACACAAACAAAUAAAAAUUCUUAUAUUGGUGCAAAAUGAAGUAACUCCGCAUCAACCAUAUUACUGAGUAUCAAAUUCAUUAUGUGUGAUUGGUUGACUUUUAUAAAGUGAUAUCCAACUAUUUAGUCACUAGAGUGCCCAAGACACGAACCCAAAAGUUAUUUAUUAAUUUAAAUCCCAAAACAAAGUCUCCCACCAAAGAACGUCAAGUAGAUAAAAGUACAUGAGAGAAGUUUUAAGGACAUAGAAUACUAUAAAUAUUAACAUAGACAAUACCAAAAUUCAGACCAAAUGCUUAAAGCUCUUACCCUCAAACAGGUAGCCAUUUUUUAAUUCAAAACGCAUACCAAGUGAAUGUUAAUUGUACAAACAUCCAUUAAACUCAAACACAUCAUCAGUCACAGCACUCUAUUGUCUAUUUGCACGUAGUGUAUCACACAANAAAAAAAAAAAAAAA